UAAAUAAAUGUUAGCAAGCAAGAUACUAAACCCGACAAAGAGAAUAUACACUUGUUUCAAUAAAAGUAAUAUCUCACAAAGGAUUUUCAACCCCUAUCGAGCUGGGAUCCUUGGAAGGAAUCUCUCCCAGAAUAACUGUAUCAUGAGUGUAGCCAAGCUUUCAAAGUUUCCCUCAAGACAAAUGUGCAUGGAAUUCAACCAGAUGGGCAGUGAAAAUCGUAGAAGGAAAAACAAACCAAGGAAUAAUAGAGAAAACUCUAAGAAUGCCAAGCAUGCUCAAAAAGAGAAGGAAGGAGUCAUAGCUGGCUCCUUUUUGGGUAUAGCUGCUAAUGCAUCAGAAGAUACAACCUCUCCAAUAAACUCCAUGGAUAAAAAGGAUAGCUCAGUUCAACCUCAAAGAGCAAGAAGAGGAUGGAAGAGGCGAAAGGUUCAGUCAGGUAUUACCAAGGCUGAAGAGGAAGCAAUCAAAAAUUCACAAAAAAUGGAGGAAAUGGAGAAGGAAAGACAAAGACUGAAAGGAAAGAAAGUUAAUAUCCCAGAAGGAAUUAAUCUUCUUGGACUUUCAAAGGUUCUAAGAAUAGAACUCAAUGAAUUAAUGGAGCAAGCAGCAAUGUUUUCAAAUGAAGUUGGCUUCACAAUAAUUGAUGAGUUCCAGUCACUUAGAAAUGAUGUAAUUGAGCUGCUUUGUCUUGAAAAUGAAGUUGUGCUGGAUCUUCAAGAACGACCAAAGAAAGAUUUCUAUAAAAGACCCCCAAUUGUGACUAUUAUGGGUCAUGUAGACCAUGGAAAGACUACUCUUCUUGAUGCUUUCAGAAACUCAAAUCUUGUGGAUAAGGAGUUUGGAGCGAUUACACAAACAACUGCUGCUUUUAGUUUUGAGACCGAAAAGGGCCAUUAUAUUACCUUCAUUGAUACUCCAGGUCAUGAAGUUUUUGAUGGAAUGAGACUAAGAGGAGCAAAAGCUACAGAUAUAGUUAUCAUCGUUAUUUCAGCUAUUGAAGGAAUCCAGAAUCAAACAAAAGAGGUAUUUGAUUUGUGUGAAAAGUUUGAUUUGCCAUACAUAAUUGCAAUCAAUAAAGUUGAUAGAGAGAUUGCAGAUCCAGAUAAUCUCAUUCUUGAUCUUGCAGAUAAAGGCAUUGAGCUUGAUGAAAUAGGGGGUGACAUCCCAAGUGCUCAGAUUAGUGCCCUAAACAAAACAGGACUUCCUUAUCUUGAAGAUAAGAUUAUUGAGCUUGCUGAGAAUCUAGACUUAAAAGAAGAGCAUGACUGAAAUGCUGAAUGCCUAAUUGUUGAAAGUAAUAUUGACAAAGAUACUAAGAACGUCACUGCAUCGGUGGUUAACAGGAAAGGUGUCCUCCAAGUAGGUGAUUCCUUCAUCUGUGGAUACACUGAAGGGAAAGUUAGAUAUAUCCUUGAAGAUAAAGAGGAAUUUUCAGAUAUCCCAAACAUCAAGGAUAUGAGCACAAGGAAGCUGUUCCCAGGCCAGUCAGGACGAAUUGGUGGCUUCAAAGAACUUCCAGAUGCUGGAUUCCCUCUCUACAAAGUCAAUGAUCCAUACGAAGCCAAAUUUAUCACUUCUGUCAGGAUUAGAAGAAAGGAAAGAGAGGAGAACCAGAAGAAAGGGAUUCAUACUAUAGAUAAGAAAAUCUUAAAUAUUGACAGAAGUGAGAAAAGGAAGCUCUAUAGUGGUGACCAGAUGGCUAUUCUCUCCCAGCUGGACCUCCUUGAUGAAGAUGAUGUCAAGAAGAUAGAAGGGCAACUCAAAAGAGAAGAAAGAGAUGAAAAAGUCAACACCAGGACAAGACAUUAUAAGGUUAGAAGAAGAGAAAUCAGGAAAACCAGGCUAGAAGGGAUGCUGGAAAAACAGGGCACUGGCAUUGAGCAAGAAGAACUUACAGAAGAGGAAAUUAAACAUCGUGAAGAGCAGAAACAAGUCUUUGCAGAAAUCUUGAAAGGGGAUACCUUUGAUCAUCAGCCAAUCAUUUUGAAAGCUCCUUCUUCAGGUGCUCUAGAGACAUGUCUCAAAGAGGUUAACAAAGUUAUUAUGAUGUCUGAUAAGGUCAGUAUAAUCCAGUCAGAUGUCGGACCUAUCAAUGAUGAAGAUAUCACAAUGGCAUCUCAAGCAAAUGCUAUAAUCUUUGCGUUUGAUGUUGAGUCUCCUGAACUUGUCGAAGUUAAAGCUGAGUCGCUUGGAGUAAUUGCUAAAACAUAUAAGCUAAUCUUCAAAAUGACUGAUAAAAUCAAAGAACUUGUUCAAGAUAUGGAGAUAGGAGAUGGCUCAAAUGGAAAGGAAGAGAAGUCCUAUGCUACAAUUCUGCAGACUUUCCUCAUCAAGCAAAAAAAGAAGGAGAAUACCCACAUUGCUGGUCUUUCUGUAAAAUCUGGAACUCUUUACAAAGACUGUAGUGUAAACCUAUAUAGGAAUGAGAAACUCUUAUAUGAAGAUCUAGAAAUCGAAUCUUUAAAAGUCCACAAUAGAGAAGUAUCUGAGGUCAAAUCUGGUGACGAAUGUGGCCUCACAUUAUCAGAUUUCACAGAUAUCCAAGAAGGUGAUAUUCUAAGGUUCUAUCAUGAGACAAAGGCGGAGAAGACAUUUGAUUACUCUAUUGGAAUCUCCCAUGAAGAAUAA